CGACGCUCGAAAUCCAAUCCAUAAUGAUCUUCAUCGCGAGCCGAGAGGAUACUGCAUCAAAUGGAUUGGUGUUUCUUCUGAAGAUGGACCCCUGGCAGCCAUGUUUGGUUUUUUUCUCCGUCGCUUCGUCGCUGAAGUUCUUUUGGCGCAUGAGUCGCCCGCGGUUAACGGUGCUGUUCUGCUCCGUUCUGCGCUCAAGGACACCGGCCCUUCUCAGCACCGCGACAUCCAACGUACCUCCGACCCCGCCAUGGCCCGCGCCCGUGCCCUUGCGCUGAUUUUGGCCUUUGCCGCCGUGUUCUUGCUCAUCCAAAGCUCCCUGGCCUUCCUGCCGGGCGCUUCCCGGCGUGCCAACGCCGCGCAAGCCGCCGGCCUGGCGGCCGCCGCCGGCCUGGCGGCGCCCGCGCUGGCGGAGGAGGCGGCUGAGGGCGGUGGCUUGUUGGACUUUGGCAAGGUGGAGCUGGGCGGCGGAUUUGCGCUGAACUUGAACAUCCCCGAUAUCAACUUGGUCAACAUCUCCAUUUUGAUCGCCGGCCUCUUCUAUUUCCUCUCCCCGGUCCUCGGUGAGUCCAUGGCAUCUCGUGAGAAGGAGAUCCAGUCGGACAUUGAAGAUGCCAUCGCCAAGUACAACGAGGCCACGUCGCGCUUGGCGGAGGCAGAGAAGAACAAGGCACAGGCUGAUCAGGUGGUGAAGGAGAUCAACGAUAGCAUCUCCAAGGACGUCGCUGAGUUCCAGAGGAACUUGCGCGAGCAGGCCAGGAAGAACAUGGAGUUGAAGGACAAGGCGCAGGCCAAGACCUUGAAGGACAUGGAGGCCCGUGUUGAACAAAACUUGGAGACCUACAUCGAUGGCCAGGCGGUGAUGCGGGGUUUGACGGACCUGAAGAAGCUGACCUCGGCGCAGAAGUCGAAGUUCAUGGACACUGCCAUCGCAUCGAUCUGAGUCGCUGCAGUGAGAUGGGCGAGUCGGUGCGGUAGAGGAUGAUAGAAGACUCCUCUCAUCCUGAAUGGUCAUCACUCACAUGAACACUUAGGAAAGUUCCAAAAAGCACCUGAAUUGAUGCA